AUGUCAUCACUACUAAACCAACGAUACCUUCUCGGUCUGAUAGUCCUGCUAUCUGUAGUAUUCAUAUGGGUGGGAAGUGCUUUUUUAAUGAAUAAUAUGUUUGCAAACCAAGAUUAUAAUAAACCAUUUGCAAUUACAUAUAUAAACCAAAGCUCUUUCUCACUGUACUUACUUUUCACGCUGUUCAGCAAAAAGAACCUGGCUUCCGAUAAGCAAAGAUCAAGUGAAUCCAAUCACGAUACGACGUCAAGAAUUUUUUCUGAAUCGAUAGAGUCUACCAAAUUUGACCUUGACAAAGAUAAUAUUUCGCAUCAUCAUCUCGUUGACCCUGAUCUUAAUAAUAGUGAAAAUAAUGAAGAAACUACUUUUCUAUUAGGUUCCACUCGAGAUCCUCACGAUGUACUUUCCGAUCAUGGACACGAUAAGCUGACCAAAAACGAGAUCGCUAAGCUCGGGUUAAUCUUUUGCGUGUUAUGGUUUCUAGGUUGUUGGUGUAAUAAUGCAUCUCUUGCGUAUACAAACGUUUCCAGCAGUACAAUUAUGGCUUCCAUGUCUGGUAUUGGGACUUCAUUCGGUAUUGAAAAGUUCAGUUUGAUUAAAUUAAUGGCUGUAAUGAUAAGUGUAACAGGUGUCACUCUUAUAUCAUUCUCCGAUAAGUCUGAUACAUCUGAUAAUCCAAAUAAACCAUCAGCGCCUUUACUUGGCGAUCUCCUUUCUCUUCUCGGGGCAUUCUUUUACGGAUGCAACAUAGUUCUUUUAAAACGACAAAUUCGUGACGAAUCACGUAUUGACAUGCACUUAUUUCUGGGCUACGUCGGCGUUUUCACCUUCACUCUACUCUGGCCCGUGUUCUAUUUGUUUGACAUCACGGGCAUCGAAAAAUUCCAACUACCCUCGACUGAUGUACUAUGGUUGAUGGUGGCUAUCAACGCACUAAUAGGCACAUUUUUAUCCGAUUAUCUAUGGUUGCUGGCCACUUUUAUGACUUCGCCGUUGGUGGUCACCCUUGGACUGUCGUUAACCAUUCCAUUGGCGCUGGCUGGUGAUGUCUUGUAUAAGGAAAUCAAUCUAGGCACGCAGUAUUGGAUUGGUGCUGUUUUUGUGCUUGGGGGAUUUUUGGCGGUGAAUUUGUCGACACUUCAGGAGCAGAAACAGUUGAAACUUGGUGAGGAUGACGAUGACUUAAAUAGCGAUAACAACAACAAUACUACUAGUUUACCGAAUGAAGUGCACACGAGUUCGCGCUCUUUAGCGGCUCCGAUAUCAAAUGACGCGACGAUGCAUUAUAUUAAAAGGACCUCAUCAUCAUAA